AUGGAUCGUAAAAAGCAGGCUUUACGCCGCCCGGAUACCCGGACUUCAGUUCCCAAGUUUCACCGAAGUGCUCUCGCCGCGCUGCUGUUCUCCACCCUUGUCGCAUUCGGUGCACUUUACGGACCUUGGAUUCGCAAUGCAGCUAUGUCACCUGCACUUCCAACCGCGCACUGGGUGAGCCCAAGGCAGGCGGGAGUGGAACCGCACUGUUUCGAUCUAGAUGUCGAGCAACCUGACAUCUACGGGCGCCAGGCGGGCAUCGAUCCGGACGUCCAGACGACCAAGUAUUGCGAGGAUCUGGAACUUCUACAUGGCGAGGGACUCGACGGAUGGUCGAUGCUCAGCUGUGAUCCCAACCGAGCCGGCUGGAACACCGUGUUAGGACCGAUCCGCAACCCGCGGCCCAGAGGUGCUCUUUGGAUGUUCAACUAUGCCGCAGCUGCUCGGGUCUAUGCAAAUGGCACUGCAAUCGACCGUCCUGCCUUGCUUCGUCUGGACGGAUUUCCAAAGGAAAAAGACUUUCAUCCCAUCGGUGCGGAUGUCGUACCUGCCGCCCAACGCAAUGCUCGUGGCGACGCUUCAGGGCCUCACAGGCUCUUCGUGAUCAACCAUGCCGGGAAAUGGUCUACGAUCGAAGUUUUUGAUCUGCAUGCCGCUUCCACAGCAUCUGGAUGGUACGCCAAAUAUGUUCAGACCAUCGACCACCCUUCGGCAGCUCAUCAGCCGAAUGCCCUUGUCGCCCUCGGUCCGAACGAGUUGCUGGUGACCCAAGAUCAUCUCUUCCCGCUACGAGCCAGGCCGUUCAGCCAGCUUCGUGAGAUCUACACUCUAGUCUACGGCGAACCAGCGGCAAGCGUGUUGGCCAGCAUCGCCUCGAUUCGAAGCCUCUCCAAGUUGCUGAUGAGGGCGGAAACCAUCUUGGGCCUGCCUACAGGUUUUGUUACACGGGUACAUUUGGAAGAGCACACCGGAAAAGUGACAGUUUCGCUGUUCGAUCGCGGUAUCGCCUUUGCCAAUGGCAUUUCCAGGAGUCCCAACGGCAAAGUCAUCGCUGUUGCCUCGACCACAAUGCCUGGCGUGCUGCUCUACCGACGACGCGAGAACGAGGCGGGAAAGGCACACGACUCUGACUGGGUACGAAGCGACAAAAUCUUCACCCCCAACAGGGCCGACAACAUCGCCUUCUCCCGAUCCAACGACCAGGCUGGAGCAGCAGACGUCUUUGGCUCUGGCUCGAAACUUGUCGUGACGGGUGCAAUCAGUGGGAUCAAGAUGCUCAAGUUUGCCCGUGACCCCACCAACAUGAGUAAAGCCUCGCCAUCAUGGGUGGCUGCCAUCAGCCCCAAGCGUGCAGAUACACCGGACACUGACGACCCGGCUCCCUUGCCAAGUCAGAAAAUGCUGCUGCGAUCCCAUGCUGACUAUUCCGUCAAGACGCUUUAUCAAGGACACAAGCCGACUCGGCUUGCUGAGCCAUAUCUCGGAUACAAAUUCGUUGGCAUCGCUUCCGCUGCAGGCGCUUCGCUGGACGAGACUGUUGGAGGCGGUUCGCUGCUAGUCGCUGGGAUUUUCUCUGAUCCAGGCGUGAUGGUCUGCUACGGUGUGGGUCUUUGA